CAAAAUCUCUCGCCAUCGAUUCCGCCGCAUAGCUAGACCACCUCUUCUAAAAUGGAACUUCGCGACCGCGGUAUUGCAUCUAUCAAAACACGAUACUCAGCCGACGGACCGGGACUUUGGACGCGACGGGUCCCUGACAACGCGGCAGCUCCCGAAGCUCGCAAUCGUUCUGAAACAAAUUCGCAAUCACCAGAGGGAAGAACAAAACGAAAACGUGAGGUAGAUAAUAUGCGUCCCAGGAGGAAUAGGACAGCGGCGUCGAAAAUGAGCACGACAAACAGUGCGAGCAGCAACAACGAAGCACAAGUACGAACGAAUCAGGAUCAGGACAAUGCGGAAAUAAGGCCGGAAAGUAUGAGCGAAGAAAGAUCCAAUGGAAGAGAACCCAGCCAUGGAGAUAUAUCUUCAGAUGAUGGGAAUGAUAGGCGCUACUCAUUCAGCAACCAUAGGAACGAGCCAACCUUCCUCGAUCGCAUCAAAGUUCUUCCCGAAAUGCGCGACCUGCCAUGGCGCGAGGGUCAGACAUUACCACCGGAAAAAUCUACCGAAAGUCAACGCGUCCAACAGAGAGGUGCAUGUAUGGUAGCCACUAGAGGGAGAAUUAUGGCAAAACCAUGUACGCAUUGUGAACAGGGCUACGGGCGAUUUUCUCAUUGUAUUGUGUUGGACGAAUGGUUUCAAGGAGCUUGCGCGACUUGUAUUUUCACGAGUAAAGGGAAUAAGUGCAGUUUGAGAAUACAGUAUUUGGGUAUCUAUAUCUCUAACUUAUCUCCUCCUUGAGAGAGGGCACUUUUACUAACAAUCGGAUUGCACAAUUCUAGGGAAUCAAGAUGCCAGAGCUUUGAGAUAUUCGAAUACAAGUGACAACUCAUCGAAACGAAAAAGAUCAGACCUCGAAAAGCCGUCAACUGAGGAUGACAAUAACAUAUUCAACAGAUUCAAUUCGCCCGGCCACUAUGUCAGUCCCUAUCCACCGCUUCCAUCAAUACCGAGGCCACCGUUAAGAACCCCAGGAUUGAAGGAAGCUCAAGAGGCGGAAUUGGAUUCUUUGCUACAAGCUCAAAUUGCCCGCGAAGAGUUCGAUCAAGGCAAUAUAGAUGAAGGAGAGGUAGUUGCAAAUAAGCAGCAGGCGCGAGCAACUCCAAUAGUAAUGCAUCGUCCACGAUUCUAUACCGGUGAACCACAUUCAAUGAGACAACUUAUUCAGCAAGGAGGUCCACCUCCUCCAAACAGACAACUCGCCCAGCCGAUAAAUAACAUCCCGAUUGACCAGAUAACCAGAAAUCCUGCCUCAGCCAUCGGUCCUCAUAUGAUGGAGAGAUCUCUCAUUGGCGAAUCUUCGAGGAGCACACAAAGACAAUUGUUUACUGUCAUAAGUGGAGUUCAAGGGGGACUUCAACAACUUCAAAAGGAAUUGAAUUCAUUAAAGGCAGUUCUUGGGUGGGACAUUGAGGAUGAAGAACCAGAGGCCAGCCGUCGACAAAGCUCAUCGUCACGAAGAAAUACUCGAUCAGGUCCAUGAAACCCCAUUAAUACGAGAAGAGACAUUAUUUAUUGAUUGGUCAUACAGGGUCACACAUGUAGGGAUAUAACACGAAGAAACUGUCCACGUUGCUUGUCAAAUUUUGCAGAUUUGCAAUCUACCAAAGUCCACAGUUCCACGAUUUGUAUUCCCCUCAUCAACGGAAUCUGGCAGUGGUUAGGCAUGAUGAUUAUAUCACUAGUUUAGUCUUUUUAGCGAAAAGCACUUAAUGCAUUGCUUGAAGAUAAGUGACCUGUUCUGUACUUAUAUAUUACGAACGAGAUACGACAAAAGGGAGGCGAAAAGUCCGAGACGCGUGGAGGUCAUGUUAAAGACAACUAAAUCCUUGGAAGGUUCUUUGGGAACACAACUGAUGGUGCCACCGCACUUUCGGGAAGAAAAGCUGGUAUGGAAUUAGAUGUAUGAGCUUUAAUAGGCCGUGAUUGUGAAGAUCUUCAACGGGUGUUAUGGCGGAGCAUGAGAGCACAGCACAGACUUUAUGGGGCAGACAAGCCAGAAGAUAAAUGGAAAAAGAUGCAAUUUGCAAAAGAAAAUGCGAUAUGAAAGUACAAAA